AAUAAAAAUCACUGUAACUGAAGGCAAAGGGAGCGUCACGUUCACUCCCUUCUCUCGUGCCCUCUUCUUCUCUCUCAAAGGAAGUGAAUGAAACCUUAGGGUUCCUCUGUUCUUCCUUACCCCAAAACAAAAAAAUCUUAGGGCUUAGAGAAAUUCAUCCAUUUCUCGCCAUUGCUGAAGCUCCAACCUUUUGCAUUUCCAACUAUCCACCACAACACUUUUAUUAGAAACAGAGCUCAGAGAGACCCUACACACGCAUGGCGAAAACGAGACCUGGCAGAAAAGAUUUGGACUCAUACACCAUCAGAGGCACCAACAAGAUCGUAAGAGCUGGGGAUUGUGUGCUGAUGCGCCCUUCCGACACGAGCAAGCCACCGUACGUGGCGCGCGUGGAGAAGAUCGAGCAGGAUAAUAGGAGCAACGUGAAGGUGCGUGUGAGGUGGUACUACCGGCCUGAAGAGUCUAUUGGAGGACGGAGGCAGUUUCAUGGAGCAAAGGAGCUUUUUUUGUCUGACCAUUAUGAUGUUCAGAGUGCUCACACCAUUGAAGGGAAGUGUGUUGUGCACUCUUUCAAGAACUAUACUAAGCUUGAGAAUGUAGGUGCUGAAGAUUAUUAUUGUAGGUUUGAGUACAAGGCUGCUACUGGGGCUUUCACGCCUGACCGUGUUGCUGUGUAUUGCAAAUGCGAGAUGCCUUAUAACCCGGAUGAUCUCAUGGUGCAGUGUGAGGGGUGCAAGGAUUGGUACCAUCCUGCUUGCGUGGGCAUGACUAUUGAAGAAGCAAAGAAAUUGGAACAUUUUGUGUGUUCUGAAUGUUCAUCGGACGAUGACUUGAAGAAACCCCAGGCUACAUUUCCUGUAUCACCGGGAUCUGAUGUCAAGGUGGAGUCCAAGCGGCGGAAGAGAUGACCAUCACGGCAUGGGAAAUGUGACCCAUGCUGAGUUUGGCUUGGCUAUGUGGUAGAUGAUGUUGUGUGUUGUACGGCUUCGACAAGAGGCUAUGAACAUUUUAAUGUGUUUGACUCAGGCUAUGUAUGUAUCCGUGUUAGAUUUUAUGUAUGACAGACAUUGAUCUGUUUCCCUUUUCUGUCCAGAAAGAGUAACUCCGGUGAUCUAAGUGUUAAUUUAUGAGAUAACAUCAAACCUUAAGCACUGGAGCAAAAAGAAAUUAUCAGUUUUCUUAAAUUUUUUGUUCUAUUUUACUCAGCAGCUUUUAUACAUUAAAUC